GUUAUCGAUUUGGGUUAUUCCCCUGCGUCAACUCUAAUUCAUGUGGAAUCAUUUAAAAUUCGACAGACUAAGGACUUGGGGAAUUGUGGUGCAGCGUAUUUUGUGGCGAUAACUUUAUGUUGACAGCGAGAUACAUUUAAAAUGAGGCGAGUAUUGACUUCCAAAACCUUUCCAAUUUCGAAUGGAAGCGUUCACAUGCAAGAAAACAUCAUAUCAACAUUUCGUGCCUCUGACAGCAGAAGCGCUAACUUAUUACUUCAAAGCAGUUUUAUAUCACCUUCAAGCAAAGGUAUCUAUCAUUUUAUGCCUCCUUUGGUGAAGUCACUAGAAAAACUGACCUCUUUAAUUGACGAAAAGAUGAAAAACAUAUGUGCACAGAAAGUACAAAUGUCCAUGUUGUCUGGUAAAGAUAUUUGGAGCUUGUCUGGGAGAUGGGAUGCUUUUGGUAAAGAACUAAUCACGACUAAUCUCGGAGAGGCAAAGCAUUGCCUUAGUCCAACACAUGAAGAAGCAGUGUGUAAGGUAUUGUCUCAGACUUUCAAUAAGUUCUUAUCAUACAGGCAUUUGCCAUUAAGGUUAUAUCAGACUAAUACUAAGUUUCGAAAUGAACCAGAUCCACAAAGAGGUCUUUUAAGGUGCCGAGAGUUUUUGAUGAAUGAUCUGUACACCUUUGAUACAACAAAAAAAGCUGCAGUUGAGACCUAUAAUGCAGUUUGUAAUAUUUACGAAGAGUUUUUCAAAGAGUUAAAUAUACCGGUGACAAAAGCCCAAGCUGGGUCAGGUUUAAUUGGUGGUGACUUCUCCCAUGAGUACCACAUACUAGCAGGCGUUGGGGAAGACAACAUUUUCAUCUGCCCUGAUACUGGCCAAGCCUGGAACUCUGAAUGCACAAACAUUGAAAAGAAACUAGACACAUUAAAACAAGUGGAUGGAAUUGAAGUAGGACACACUUUUUAUCUUGGGAAAAAGUAUUCGAAAAUGUUCAAAACAUCAUUUCUUACACCUGACUCAAAACCAGUGCCUUGCGAAAUGGGAUGUUAUGGACUUGGUGUUACCAGAAUUCUAGCAGCCUGUUUAGAAGUUCUAUCUACGGAGUCUGGCAUGAGGUGGCCUCAUAAAAUUGCACCUUACAAAGUCUGUCUUGUACUUCCUAAAACAGGAAGUAAAGAAUUUGAAAAUGGAACAGCAGCUGUGAACAAUGUUUUCGAUAAACUUCAGAACUAUCCCCUUUUGAAGAAUGAUGUCAUUAUUGAUGACACGCCAAAACGUAGCAUUGGUUGGAAAACGAAACAUGCAAACUUAAUUGGAUAUCCACUUGUGAUAGUUUUCGGUAAAGGUUUGAACUCAGAGGAACAAUACGCUGAAGUUAUUAUUCAAAACCCUGACCAACAGUUAACUAAACAUGUUCCUUUACAAAAUGUAGUUGAAUUUAUUCAUGAUUACUUUUGAAACUAAUCGCAUGGUAUUUACAUGCAAAAUAUAUUCAAUUAAAUGUGUUUAAUUCUACCCCGCAAUGACAUUAAAAAAGUGAAAUACAUCAUCUUUGUCAUACACAGCAA